UCAGCUCAGAAACCUCCGCCUCUCACACUGAAGCUGGUGCUCCUGCCCUCCACCAUGCAGGUCUCCUCAGUCCUUCUGUGCCUGCUGCUCACAGUGGCCACCUUCAGCACCCUCCUGCUGGCCCAGCCAGAUGGAGUUAACGCCCCCAUCUGCUGCUACAAAUUUAACAGGAAGAUCCCACUGAAGAGGGUGGGGAGCUAUGAAAGAAUCACAAGCAGCAGGUGUCCCCAGGAAGCCGUGAUCUUCAAGACUGUACUGAACAAGGAGGUCUGUGCAGACCCCAACCAGAGCUGGGUCAAGGAGUACAUUGCCAAACUGGACCAGAAAUCCCAGCAGAAGCAGAACUCAGCUGCACCAAAAACUUCAGUGCCUUUGAACAUUAGCUUCACAACACAGAACCCCAAGAACUUUAGCUAAUUUAACUACCACUGUAUUUCCUCAGUAACCUCUAGUGCCAGUAUGAACUUUAUUGAUAUGAAAUAUGAUGUCUUAAAGAGUAUUAACCUUAUUUAAUUUAUUGAUGUUUUAAUUUUAUCCUCCAUGAGUUGGUAACUGUUUUUUUUCCUGAGAAGCCCAGUUCUACACUGAAGAUGUCAUAAAGGUCUUUGUAAAGAUCUUGAAUGCAAAAAUUGCAUUGUUUUAAAAAUCAAAACAUU